CCAAGCCCCAACGCUCGACGGGGCUAGUACCAGGAAGCGCUGUGGGGAGAGGAGCGGAGUUGAGACUGAAGGCAGGAUGGUGGCGUCCUCGUCCUUGCUGAAGCUUCAGGAUCUAAUCCAGGAGAUUCGUGAGGCCAAGACCCAGGCCCAGGAGCGGGAGGUGAUCCAAAAGGAGUGCGCCCACAUCCGGGCCUCCUUCCGCGAUGGGGACCCUCUGCACAGGCACCGCCAGCUGGCCAAACUGCUCUACGUCCACCUGUUAGGCUACCCCGCCCACUUUGGACAGAUGGAGUGCCUGAAACUGAUCGCCUCCCCCAGGUUCACAGACAAGAGGGUGGGCUACCUGGGGGCCAUGCUUCUACUGGAUGAGAGGCAGGAUGCCCACCUGCUCAUUACCAACAGCAUCAAGAAUGACCUGAGCCAAGGGAUUCAGGCUGUACAAGGCCUGGCCCUGUGCACUCUGAGUGCCACGGGCUCUGCUGAGAUGUGCCGGGACUUGGCCACUGAGGUGGAGAAACUGCUCCUGCAGCCUAGCGCCUAUGUGCGCAAGAAGGCUGUUCUGACUGCAGUGCACAUGAUCCGGAAGGUCCCUGAGCUCUCCAACAUCUUCCUCCCACCCUGUGCCCAACUGCUUCAUGAGCACCACCACGGCAUCCUGCUGGGCACCAUCACGCUGAUCACGGAACUCUGCGAACGAAGCCCUGCGGCCCUCAAGCACUUUCGAAAGAUGGUGCCCCAGCUGGUGCACAUCCUCCGGACUCUGGUGACGACGGGAUACUCCACAGAACACAGCAUAUCUGGAGUCAGCGACCCCUUCCUGCAGGUCCAGAUACUUCGUCUGCUUCGGAUUCUGGGCCGGAACCACGAGGAGAGCAGUGAGACCAUGAAUGACUUGCUGGCCCAGGUAGCCACGAACACAGACACCAGCCGAAAUGCGGGCAACGCGGUCCUGUUUGAGACGGUGCUCACCAUCAUGGACAUUCGCUCUGCAGCAGGCCUGCGGGUUCUAGCUGUCAACAUUCUUGGCCGCUUCCUGCUCAACAGUGACAGGAACAUUAGGUACGUAGCCCUGACGUCCUUGCUGAGGCUGGUGCAGUCUGAUCACAGUGCUGUGCAACGGCACCGCCCCACCGUGGUGGAAUGUCUACGGGAACCUGAUGUGUCCCUCAGCCGGCGGGCCUUGGAACUGAGCCUGGCUCUGGUGAAUAGCUCCAACGUGCAAGCCAUGACACAGGAGCUGCAGGGUUUUCUGGAGUCCUGCCCCCCUGAUCUACAGGCCGACUGUGCCUCAGGCAUCCUGCUGGCAGCAGAGAGGUUUGCCCCAACCAAGCGGUGGCACAUAGACACCACCCUACGUGUGCUGAUGACGGCAGGCACCCAUGUGCGCGAUGACGCAGUGGCCAACCUGACCCAGCUGAUUGGGGGCGCCCAGGAGCUCCAUGCCUACUCUGUGCGCCGUCUCUACAGCGCCCUGGCUGAGGACAUCUCCCAGCAACCGCUGGUGCAGGUGGCAACCUGGUGCAUCGGGGAAUAUGGGGACCUCCUGCUGGAAGGGAGCUGUGAGGAAACUGAGCCCCUGCAGGUGGAGGAAGAGGAGGUGUUGGCACUGCUGGAAAGGGUGCUGCAGUCCCAUAUGUCCCUGCCAGCCACCCGAGGAUAUGCCCUCACAGCCCUCGUGAAGCUCAGCACCCGGCUCCGUGGGGACAACAACCGCAUCCGCCAGGUUGUGUCCAUCUACAGCAGCUGCCUGGACGUGGAGUUGCAGCAGCGGGCGGUGGAGUAUAACACCCUCUUCCGGAAGUAUGACCACAUGAGGGCUGCCAUCCUGGAAAAGAUACCUCUUGUGGAGCGAGGUAGCUCUCAGGUUGAUGAGGAAGCAAAGGAAAGCAAAGAAACAGCCCAGCUUUCGGAAGCAGCCCCUGUCCCCACAGAACCCGAGGCCUCAAAGCUCUUGGAUCUGUUAGAUCUCCUGGAUGGCCCUUCUGGGGACGCCCAGCACCCUCCCCCUCUGGAUCCCACCCCAGGAGGCGCUUUGAUACACCUCCUCAACCUUCCCUGUGCUCCCCCACCCCCUGCUCCCAUCCCACAUCUCAAAGUGUUUGAGCGCGAAGGACUACAGCUGGAUCUUUCUUUCGUUCGACCCCCUGGAACCCCUACUUUGCUGUUAAUCACUGUCACUGCCACCAACACCUCAGGGGGUGAUGUCACCCACUUCACCUGCCAGGCCGCUGUGCCCAAGAGUUUCCAGCUGCAGCUACAGGCUCCCAGUGGGGACACAGUUCCAGCUCAGGGUGGCCUUCCGAUGACCCAGCUCCUCAGAAUCCUCAAUCCUAAGAAGGCCCCCUUGCGGCUGAAGCUGCGCCUCACCUACAACCACUUUGGCCAGUCGGUGCAGGAAAUCUUUGAGGUGAACAACUUGCCUGUGGAGACAUGGCAGUAACUCGGCCUCCACUCACAGCCUGAAACCCUCCUGUGUCCCCAAGCCCAGGGGAGCCGCUAUCUGAGGACAGCCAGCAGGUGGCACUCUGGUCUGUACUUGCCACUGGGGUGGGGGGGCUGCCCCCAACCCUACAAAUAGUGAAAGCCCAAUAAAGCCUGAGGGGGGAAGCCAUA